AUGCCAUCCAAGUGGUUUCGUCUUGUUGAUAAAUAUCCAAAUACCUACAAUGAGGUGUUGUUUCUGUCUGGCCCUAUUGUUACGUUAAUUAAUAAUACUGUGGGUGUCGCUGCUCUGGCGAUGCCAUUCUGUUUCCACCAGUGUGGUAUUCUUCUGUCUCUUUUAUUUCUCGGAGUAACAGCUGUGUUUUCAAUUAUGUCCUGCGACGCUUUAAUAUAUAUAUGUUCUGCACACCGAAUCCUUCCGUUUGAACAUGCUUGCUUAAAAGCACUGGGUUACUGGGGGAAAAGCUUGGCUGAAUUAAGCAUAAUCGGCUUACUGUUUGGCUAUGUUGUAGGAUAUUUUGUUACUAUCGCGGAUCUCAGCACCGGUGUCUUUACACAAUUGGAUGCAUCUGUACCACCUGAAAGAUUACGAACCGUUUUAUUGGUGAUUUUCACAAUCAUAAUUAUCCCGCUGUGUUUGGUUUCACAAGUACAAAAGCUUCUCAGGUUGAAUGUUUUCACCAGCCUUUUCUACGGAGUGGUAACUUUUCAUAUGAUAUUUGUUCUGGGUCUACCUCGAUUAAUUUCCAAUAUGCCUUGGGGACAAAUGAAUUGGUGGCGACCAGCUGGUUUAAUUGAAUGCAUUCCCAUAUUCUUGGCUUCAAUGUUUUGUCAAACCCAACUACAUGUCACAUCUACAAGUUCAUAUCAGCCAACGCCUUCUAAUAUGCGGUUGGUUGUUCGUGUGGCUUUAUCUACUGUUGCUGUAGCCUAUGGCUUUUUUGGAUUCUUUGGAUAUGCAGCAUUUUUCAGCACCAACUACACUGCCAGUAAUCAUCAUACUUCUAAAAGGACAGUAUUUUCUGGCAACGUGUUUUUAAUGUAUCCAGAUGAUUUUCGUAGUUUUUGUAUACGUGUUGGAUUCCUGCUAACAAAUAUUGUCUCUGUCCCAUUAAUUAUCUUCCCAUUACGUCAAUCUGUAUAUAAUCUACUCUGUCAAAAGAAUCUAAACUCUAUUGACGUUGAAAUGAAUUCAACCUUAUUCUUGCCUGAAGAAAUUCCACGUAGAUAUUUUCAAAAGAUAAGUGUAUCAAUACUUCUGCUAUCAUUUCUUCUCAGUUUAACAACAAAUAAAAUUGAGGUGAUUAUCCGCUUAACAACUAGUAUUGCUGGUUCACUGACUGGCUUCAUCCUGCCAGGUUUAGUCCUCUUGGUAGCAACAGCCUCCUACUCCCUCUCCUCCCACUCCUCUCCAUCGUCGCCGUUGUCGCCGUCGUCAAUGUCAACGUUGACUUCGUCAUCAUUUAGUGUCGACAGCACACCAGAGCUAUUAACACCACCAAUAAUGACCAAGUUGCAUAAUAAUAAUAAUAAUAGUAAUAAUUCUGUUACAUGGUUACUAAGAAAAAUGACAAAAUUUCUUCGAUUCGGUCGAAAUUAUUCCGUUGCUUAUUGUCUGCUGAUUGUUGGCUGUCUAUUAUUCUCAUCGGAAUUUUUCACUGUGCAUCAGAUCAGCACCGGUAACCCAGAGAGUAACAAUAAUAAAUUACCAGUAAAUAAAGAUUCUAUGCUUAUGCCUAUUGACAGGCAUAACAAUUCUAGUGUUAUUGUCUAUUCAAAAGUUGUCAAAGUCAUCAAUGCUUCAAUGAAGAAUCCACCACAACCUAUCGAUAUAACAAAGCUGCAAUCGUAUUCUUCAAAAGUGAAUGUGGAGGGUUCACAGUCGAAUAGUAUGGAAAAUAUGCAUAGUAACAACAAUAAGGACACCAAGAACGUUGCUGUGCCACCUCCCUUCUCUCAACCACCUAAUAAUGCACCUCAGAAGAAUGUAGUGAGUGGAAUUACUAAGAAUUUAUCGGCACUACCAACAUUGACUGAAACUGUCCAGAAGAGGAAUAAUGUUAAGAAGGAUAAGGAGAGCAAUAAUAAUAUUAAUAACAGUCAUAACGAAACUUGA